GGGGAGGUCCUUAUUGUUCUUUCUGACUAGUGGGGCAAAAGUUCAGUGUUUCAGCUUGGCAGGCAAAACCAUUGAUAAACUUCAUGCAAAGCCCGUGGGGAUCGGAUUCUGCCAUUAUGAUCAUUCAUGCAUCAUUAUACAUCCUUUCUUCUCGCUCAAACUGUGGUGGUCCUUCCUCACUUCCUCGUCUCGUCGUACACAUCCAUUGUAACUCGGAAUGAAUACCAAUUACACUGUCAUAAAGCACACUAUUCGCAUCCCCAUACACACAACACAAUAACAACAACAAACAAAAAAUAUACCAAAGAUUCCCUUCCCACAGUACACUUUUUUCCUUUUUAUAAGCUUCACUCUCACUCUCCAAACUUACAUACGCACUGCUCCUUAGUUUAAAAUUUGAACAUCCCACUUCAACACAAAAUCAUAUUUCCUUUUUUAUUCUUUCGCCACUUUCUUUAUUCUUUUCGAGAAAACAAAAAUAGAAACUCGUCACCUUUAUUUUCAAAAUUCAAUUUCCGCGUUUUGGUACCAAACUUCAACUUAGCUUUCACCUUUUCGUACCUUUGUCUUUCAAUUUUGAAUUACUGCCGAAGGGAUGAAGUACUCGAUUGCCGUGGAGUACAAAGGACCGCCGCCGGCCUACCAUCUUCCCCAUGCAGCACCGGUCGACGGCAUUCCGGUCUCCGCAGAGGUUUCGCAUGUUCCUUCCUUCGACACUCCUUCAUUAUCGGUAAUUUCGCAACCAAUGUCAGAGCUAAAAUCACUCAGCUCAUCUUCGGCUAUCGCCUUUGACCGGAGCAACUGUUCCGGUAGAACAACGGUGUCUCCGACGUCGGUGAUCGCCUUCGAUAAUGAAGCCGGUGAGAGCAACGGUGUGUCAGAGUCAUCAUGCGAAUUGAGUAGCAAACAUUCGCGCGAAUCUUCAAACUCAAUGUUGAGAAAUUCCAAAGAGAGUUUAGAUUUCAACGAUUCAGAUUACGCAUCGUCUCGUGUUUCUUUCUCAAAAAACAACAACGAACCUAUUGCAACUUUCAACAUGGAUGCUGAUGACUGUGAACCGGUUGAGCCGGUCAAAAAAGAGUCCAUUAGGAAAGGGAAGAAAGGGUCGUGUUACCGGUGUUUGAAAGGUAACAGGUUAACGGAGAAAGAAGCGUGUCUUGUUUGUGAUGCAAAGUAUUGUGGGAAUUGUGUGUUGAGAGGUAUGGGAUCAAUGCCAGAAGGUAGAAAAUGUGUUGGUUGUAUUGGAUAUCCGAUUAACGAGUCUAAAAGGGGUAGUUUGGGAAAAUGUUCUAGGAUGCUUAAAAGACUGCUUAAUCGUUUGGAGGUUAGACAGGUAAUGAAGGCUGAGAGUUUAUGUGAAGUGAAUCAGCUUCCUCCUAACUGUGUUUGUGUUAAUGGAAAUCCUCUUUCAUUUGAGGAAUUAGUUACAUUGCAAAACUGUUCUAACCCUCCUAAAAAAUUAAAGCCAGGGAACUAUUGGUAUGAUAAAGUAUCUGGUUUUUGGGGGAAGGAAGGACAGAAGCCUUGUAGUAUUAUUAGUCCUCAUUUGAAUGUUGGAGGUCCCAUCAAACCGGAUGCUAGCAAUGGAAACACUCAGGUUUUCAUCAAUGGUCGAGAAAUAACAAAAGUAGAGCUUCGGAUGUUGCAGUUGGCGGGGGUUCAGUGUGCUGGUAACCCACAUUUUUGGGUCAAUGAAGAUGGUUCAUAUCAAGAAGAGGGACAAAAGAAUACCAGAGGAUAUAUAUGGGGAAAGGCUGGAACAAAGCUUGUAUGCGUCUUCCUUUCCCUGCCAGUUCCUUCGAAAUAUUCAACUUCAUGCGGGUUUCUAUCCUCCAAUGUGGUUACCAGAACGGUUCCUGAUUACGUUGAGCAUGGAAUAGUUCACAAGUUCCUCUUAGUUGGUUAUAGUGGUUCUGGGACAAGCACUAUUUUUAAGCAGGCCAAGAUUCUUUACAAAAACACCCCCUUCUCAGAAGAUGAACGUGGAAAUAUAAAGUUGACUAUUCAGAUCAAUGUCUAUGCCUAUCUUGGCAUACUCCUUGAGGGUCGUGAGCGUUUUGAAGAAGAAAGUCUGGGGAAUUUAAAGAAAAGUCAAUCUUUACUUUAUACUACAGGAAGCAGUCCAAAACUUGGCAGCAAGACAAUUUAUUCGAUUGGCACAAGACUGAAAGCAUUCUCUGAUUGGCUGCUGAAAACAAUGGUUUCAGGCAAGCUUGAUGCUAUCUUUCCAGCCGCUACUUGUGAAUAUGCUCCAUUGAUAGAGGAGUUAUGGAAUGAUUCGGCCAUUAAAGCCACUUAUGAAAGAAGAAAUGAAAUUGAAAUGCUACCCAGUGUUGCCAGUUAUUUCUUAGAGCGGGCUGUUCAGAUACUGAAGACUGAUUAUGAACCCUCGGAUUUAGAUAUCCUUUAUGCUGAAGGAGUUACUUCAUCCAAUGGGCUGGCUAGUGUAGAGUUUUCAUUUCCUCAAUCAGCUCCUGAGGAAACGGGUGACACUGCUGAUCUACAUGAUUCUUUGGCUAGAUAUGAGUUAAUUACAAUACAUGCAAGAGGGCUAGGAGAAAAUUGCAAGUGGCUAGAAAUGUUUGAGGAUGUUGGAUUGGUCAUCUUCUGUGUUUCCUUGAGUGAUUAUAAUCAAUUUUCUACUGACGGAAAUGGUUGUCUGACAAACAAGAUGAUAUUGAGCAGGAAACUUUUUGAAACCAUUGUUACUCAUCCAACUUUUGAGCAAAUGGACUUCCUGUUGAUAUUAAAUAAACUAGACGAGUUUGAGGAGAAAAUAGAACAUGUUCCACUGACUCAGUGUGACUGGUUCUCUGAUUUUCAUCCAGUAAGUAGCCAUAAUCGCCCUGGCAGCAACAACAACAGCAUUAACAAUAACCCCUCCCUAAGCCAGCUUGCUUCCCAUUAUAUAGCAGUUAAGUUUAAGAGGCUUUAUUCAUCUCUUACAGGGCAAAACUUGUAUGUGUCCUCGGUGAAGGGGCUGGAACCUGAUAGUGUUGAUGCAACACUGAAAUAUGGAAAGGAGAUUUUAAAGUGGAACCAGGAGAAAGCAAACUUUAGCCUAAGUGAUGACUCAAUGCAUAGCAUCGAUGCAAGUUCAUUCUCUCAUUGAUUGCUAGUUGAAGCCAGUGUUGUAAACCUGUGAGCCAUACUUGUGUGUGACUUGAAUUCUGAUCGUGUACAUAUACGCCAACUAGGAGUAGUGUCACGGAAGCACAUUCCUUCAAUUGGCUAUUGAGUUGUAAUACGCCCUUGACACUGUUUGGUGGCACAUCUUGUGCCCCACAGAUUAAGUUGUAGAGUUCAACUUCAUUUUUUCACACGGUAAUGUAAUGUGUUGAUGUUUACUAUUUCUAUAAGUUGUGAAUCAACUUUUCUUUAAGUCAUAGUAUCUCGUGUACAAUUGUAAAAAUUAAUUCUAUGAAGUGACAAUGAUCCAGUUAAGGGUUUUUUUUCCACAA